AUGGAAAACAAAGUUAACAGGAAAACAAAAAAUGUAGAUUUGGUAACCAAAACCUUGUUGACAAGUUUAAUAUCGUUGAUGAUCGGAGUUAACGACUUUUGCAGCAAUAUGUGCUGGAAUUCUUCACCUUCGUCAAUUUUCGAUAAACACAAAGCCGAUUUACUUCAAGUUUUGACGACAUUGAGAGAUAAUUUGCCACGGACUUUGAUAUCGUUGAUUCCGUCACAACAUAUGAAAACUUUAUUUGACAGUCGUAAGGGUAGACCAUCUUUUACAUGUGACCUUAUGACGGAUAGCGAAUGUUCUUGUAUAUGGCAAGAGUUAGACAUGGAAAUCCUGAAUAUUUAUUUUGAAUUCCAGAGGGACGACUUUGCAGUCAUAACUCAGGCUAUUACACUAGAUUUAAGCAUACCCCUCGUUUCUCAUGGAUAUGCCGAUACGACAUAUUUCACCAUAGAUUGUUUUCAUGACAGUCAGAAAACUAACACUCGAAUUGCAAACGGUUUGUGGAAUAACUUAUUGGAACCAGUUGGCGUUAAAACGAAAUCCUGGCAGGAUCUUUUUGAGAGGUUUCUUUGUCCAACUCCGGAAAGGCCUUACUUGGCCACAUUGCAAAAUUCUCAAAUAGACCUUCAGCGAAAUAAGUCGUCCUUGUGA